AUGGAUGCUUCCGCAUUACUUCUACUCAAACAAUUACGUGAAUUAAAUCGUCAUCCUGUUGAAGGUAUUAGUGCAGGUCUUAUUGAUGAAUCAAAUCCAUAUGCCUGGAAUGUUAUUUUAGUUGGACCAGCUGAUACUUUUUAUGAAGGUGGAUUUUUCAAAGCACGUUUGGAUUUUCCGAAAGAAUAUCCAAUUAAACCACCAAAAAUGAAAUUUAUUUCGGAAAUUUGGCACCCGAAUAUUGAGAAAAAUGGUGAUGUAUGCAUAUCAAUUCUUCAUGAACCUGGUGUUGAUCAAUUUGGCUAUGAAAAUCCUUCGGAACGUUGGUCGCCUGUUCAAUCAGUUGAAACAAUUCUUUUAUCAGUUCUAUCGAUGCUAAGCGAUCCAAACUGUGAUUCAGCAGCGAAUAUUGAUGCAUCGGUGAUGUGGCGUGAUGAUAGAGCAGCAUUUAAGAAAAAAGUUAGCGAAUGUGUAAGAAAAACUCUUGAAGAUUUGUGA